CCGAGCACAGCAGACUGCUUGUGAAGACACAAAGCGUGCUCUUGGGUCGCAUCCCGCUCUUUGUAGGGAAACAAACCCUCUCCCAGUCGACCAUCAACAGGUGCUGCGCGCACACGUGUGCCAAACUUUCCCCCAGCUGCCGCAAGUAGCUGCCCACGGGAAGAACGAAGCCGUUUGGCUGCGGGGAACAAAGGCCCAAGAGGGGCACAAACAGUCACAACGCGGCAAGGGUACUCGGCAGCAGUUCGCCGACUCCUCGGGGGUGCGGCCGCAGAUUAUGUUUAUUUUGAAAAUUCCUCCAGCAAUCCGUAUCUCAUUAGGCGAAUUGAAGAGCUUAACAAGACUGCUAAUGGAAAUGUGGAAGCGAAAGUGGUGUGCUUCUACAGGAGAAGAGAUAUUUCCAACAGUCUCAUAAUGCUUGCAGAUAAGCAUGCUAAAGAAGUUGAAGAAGAGUCUGAAACUACAAUUGAGGUUGACUUGACUGAUAAACAGAAACAUCAGCUGAAACACAGAGAGCUCUUCCUUUCUCGUCAGUAUGAGUCUCUUCCGGCAACUCACAUCAGGGGAAAAUGCAGCGUUGCACUUCUGAAUGAGACAGAAUCUGUGUUGUCGUAUCUGGAGAAAGAGGAUACUUUUUUUUAUUCAUUGGUGUAUGAUCCAUCACUGAAAACGCUUUUGGCAGACAAAGGAGAAAUCAGAGUGGGGCCCAGAUAUCAAGCAGAUGUGCCUGACAUGCUUGCAGAAGGAGAAUUAGAUGACAGAGAACAGGCAAAGCUGGAAGUAAAAAUAUGGGAUCCAGAUAGCCCCCUUACAGACCGUCAGAUUGACCAGUUUUUAGUUGUAGCACGUGCGGUCGGCACGUUUGCUCGGGCAUUGGACUGCAGUAGUUCUGUCAGGCAACCUAGUUUACACAUGAGCGCGGCUGCUGCUUCCCGAGACAUCACAUUGUUUCAUGCAAUGGAUACAUUGCAUAAACAUAACUAUGAUUUGAGCAGUGCCAUCAGUGUUCUGGUGCCACUUGGAGGACCUGUCUUGUGUAGAGAUGAAAUGGAAGAAUGGUCAGCAUCAGAAGCUAGUUUGUUUGAAGAGGCAUUGGAAAAAUAUGGAAAGGACUUCAACGAUAUUCGACAAGACUUUCUCCCUUGGAAGUCGCUGACUAGUAUCAUUGAAUAUUACUACAUGUGGAAAACUACUGACAGAUAUGUGCAGCAGAAACGUCUGAAAGCGGCUGAAGCAGAAAGUAAAUUGAAACAAGUAUACAUCCCCACCUACAAUAAACCAAAUCCCAAUCAAAUAUCCAGCAACAAUGGGAAACCUGCUACGGUCAAUGGAGCAAUGGGAGCCUCUUACCAGGCACAGGCCUCACUAAUAGGGAGGGCUUGUGAAAGCUGCUAUACUUCACAAUCUCACCAGUGGUACUCUUGGGGUCCUCCUAAUAUGCAGUGUAGAUUGUGUGCUUCUUGUUGGAUUUAUUGGAAGAAAUACGGUGGCCUGAAAAUGCCCACACAGACAGAUGAAGAUAAACUCUCUUCCAGCCAACCUGCAGAGGAAUCCCAUGUUAGAACUCAUAUGUCCCGGCAGGCCACACAAGGAACUCCAGUUCGUAACACUGGAAGUCCAAAGUCAGCUGUGAAAACACGCCAAGCUUUCUUUCUUCACACAACGUGCUGGACAAAACUUGCCCGUCAGGUCUGCAAAAAUACCCUUCGGCUGCGGCAGGCAGCAAGACGUCCCUUUGUUCCUAUUAACUGUGCUGCCAUUAAGGCAGAAUAUGCAGAUCGGCAUUAUGAAAUUGCUGGAAAUCCUCUGAAGAUCAAAAGCACCAGAAAACCACUGUCAUGUAUCAUUGGGUAUUUAGAGAUUCACCCUGCAGCGAAACCCAAUGUAAUCAGAUCAACACCAAGCCUUCAAAGUCCAAGUACAAAACGACUGCUUGCACCCUCCAAUCACUCUUCACUAAGUAUUUUAGGAAAAAGGAACUACAGCCAUCAUAAUGGUCUUGAUGAAUCAUCCAGCCACUCUACAAGAACAAUAAUGCAUGCUGCUCCCCGUGUUCAUAUAACUAAUGGUAAGGCCUUGCAAGCCAGUGCAAGUACCAUUAAGACAAGCGCCAUUCCAGUGAUAAAGAGACAGCGGCAAAAUUGGCUUGAUGCUUCAGAUGAUGGUUUCUUUAUAGCCACGGAAGAGACCAGAAAAAUCCGUAAGAAGUUUACCAAGUUGCAGCUGAAAAGAGCUUCCAGAACACCUUGUUCUCCAAUUCUUGUGAAGACAAAAUCUCUCAUGAACAAUAGGCAGGCACGAAUAGAGCCGAGAACCAUCACGCACUGAAGACACAACAGCAUCAGCAACAUAAUUAUGUUAAAAUCUUGUUUAAUUGUGAACACAGAUACAACGUGACCUUCCACAUUUUCAGGACCUAGAUGGACACUGUGGCUGGGUUCUGUGUUCUGGUCAGGAUCCAACAGUAGCCCUUGUUCUCCUUUGUCUCUGUAAGGGCUACUUAAGGUUUGCUGUGCAGGCCUAUUGAUGAUUGUCCUGCUAUCUCCCCCACUUCCCCUCGUCACACUUGGAUGGUCAGAGAGGAACUAUUCAUACUGACCGCAAGGAAGAAAUAUGGAUGCAGUGUACCCCUCACAAUUUUGUCUAUGCCUUCUAGUGGUGUGAUACAGAAAUAAGCACCUUUAAAAACAAUUGCAGUGUCUUUGUAACAGGAUUUAGCCUAUAGGAGUCAGCAUCUUCAAAAAGUGCUGCAGACUUCAAAUGUUUGAAUUUUUUAGUAUUGGCUUGAAUCACUUUGGAUUUGAUUUUCUGAUCUGCUGAGCAACCAGAGGCUGGAAUGAGGAGUUGUUCAGCACUUCUGAAACUUGGACCAAAUUAGGUAGUGCUCAGAAUUAGUGGCCCAUUUUAAAAUGCUGACCAUAUUAACUUUGGUUAAAAUCCUAGAAAGUAUCAUGUGUGGCCAUGACCAUCUGGCUGGUAUGGUUAUCUAUAUAUUUGCAAGCAUCCACCUAUUUGUUUGGGGAUUUUUAGCAUUUCUUGAAGUCUAUUUUGAACAGUCAAAGCCAGCAGAAUGCCAUUCCCAGGAAAACAUGAGGAAAUAAGAGUAUUUCCUAUUAGCAAUGACUCUCCACUAAAUAAUUACUACAUUUUUAUACAUAUGGACAAGAAAGUUGUCUUGCUGUAGAAUGCUUUGAAAUUCAUACUUGUAAGGCUACAGGUGGAGACUUACCAUGGAGAGAUGAUGUGCCUUUUGUAACUACUUGUAGGAAGCUGUCAGUCCCCCUGAAAGUGGGAAUGGCAACAGAGGCAGGUCUUUUUUCUACUCAGGUACUUACAGGUGAAUAAUCUCUGCCCUACUUUGAGAUCGAGAGGCAAGCAGUGUGUAGCACUGCUGUGUAAACCUAAGCUGAGAUAUACUGAUUAUCUUAAGCAAGGUAUGUCUUUCAAUAGAUUUUGUUUCCAUAUGGCUUUUAACAGAUAGUCAGACAAUGAACGCAUCACCAUAAGCUGGAAUAAACUUCAAGAUGUUUUUUCUAGUUCUUUACUAGGUAACUCUAGCGGCACUGUAUUAUCUGGCUAUGGAUAUAUGCCCAGCUCUGUGGUUAGAAAGAUGAAGGUGUAAGUAGUAUCUCGUACCUCUUGGUGAUUCCCCCCCUUCCCCUUCCUGAAAUAUACACCCCACGCUAUUUACAGUUUCAGUCUGAAAGAUCAUCUGUGAUACCAGCCUGUAACUAGCCAUGCUGACCAUGUCAGAUUUUGAACACUUGAGACAGUCACCCAGACGCUUCCUCGAGAAAGAAAGCACACUGACCUUCUGAAGGAACUUGAUUUUACAGAGUGACGGAUCCAGGUCUUGUCCACUGUCCUUCACCAGCAAGCGAAGGGUGAGUAAGGAGGAGAGAUUUGGACCUGAAAUGUUUCUAGUACCCUGAGCACCCUACUGAAUGUCACUGAUUGGGAAUCAAUUGGAGAAGACCUGGGAUUCAUCCGCUUACAGAUUUUUUUCCAGGAGCCACUGAAGUGUGCAGCCCUGGGAUUCUCUUCUAUCCACACGAUCUGCUUUUUCCUCACAACAGGAGAGUAUUUCAUCAGGUACUGAACAGCCACAACCCAUUCUUAUUAGAAAAAUUGCCUUUAUUAACUGCGACAUAUGGAAACACCUUCUGCAUAAUAGCUUUCUCACCCAUUAAAAUAAAGAAAGCAUGAUUAUUCAGCAAUCUAUUUGACUGAAAGUAUGAAAAACAUAAGCAGAAAGUGCUUUGCCUCCCUCAGGCACCCCUGAAAUCACACACAACAGACUCAUUUUCAAAGUGUCUUUUGCUGUAAGGUGAUGGAUAUCUUUUUUACCCUGCCUUAUUAAGCCUGUACUCGAAUUAUUUCAGUCAGUGUGCUACAGUGUCUAGCCAGUAUUUUGUAAAAUCCUCGUGUGUUUCUGCCUUUGACAAAAGUAUUAGUAUUUGUAACAGUCCCUUGUGACAUCAUUUUUUUUUCUGUCCCUCUGAGGAGUGAGAGAUUCAUAACGAUUCCCUGUUAUGCAGCUUGAUGCAACUUAACAUAUUCUGCAUCAAGCAUCCAAGGUAAGGAAGAGUUCUCCCUUGCAGCUUCAAGCCAAGGGAAUUCAUCAGGAAGCAGAAGUAAUGCUGUGACCCUGCCUGGCAGAGUUGUGCCACUGGUCACAAUAGCCAACAGCCAACACUUGCAGAGGUUUAACGCAGUGGAGACUGUUCACUGAUAUAACACUGAUAUAACCAUCCUCAAACUGCUUUGCAUGCAGCUGCAUGGAGACCUUCCUUCCUCUAAAAUGCACACAGUGCACAGAGAAACUGCACGCCGCGUAUCGCACCUUUGUCUUUACAUGCUCUCUCUCAAUCUUACCCUUCCUGUGAGAUGUUCUCCAGGGAUGGAUGCAGAAUUUACCUGUGAAUUUCAACAGAAAGCAAUGAUGGAAGAUUAGGUGAAAAUAUGUUCCCGCUUCAUUUGACUUCUCUAGAAAUUGUGACUGUUCUUUCCGCAGCAUCUCGCAAUUCCAUGCUAUCUGUUGAGUUGAAUUUUGGUUUUUUUUUCCUGCUGACCUUGAGCGAAGAUGGCACAUUCCUGUGUAAGUUAUAACAGUACUGUUUUUAUCAAGCUUCUCAAGCUAGUUAUUUUAAACCUAGCUAACAUAUCUCAGUCAUCAACAAUGACACUGACUAUAAACAUAUGCCUCAGAAGCAAGGACAAGACAUUUGGUUCUUAACAUGGAUGUGAGCAAGAAAAUCUAGGCAGCUUCAGUACUGUGUUUGCAAUAUGAUUUAUUUUCUUGUUAGCUAAAUAAGAAAGCUAUCAUCUGAAAAACCACGUCUCCCUUUACAACUACAGAGUUCAAAAACCAUGCAAAAUACAUGCUCAUUUUUUUGUCCAGAGGUCUCAUAUAAAGAGGAAGAAGAUUUUGUUAAAAUUCAAAUGUCCAUGUUACCAAUUUCAAGUAUGUAGCUAAUCUGCAGUCUUGAAAUAUUUAGUAUAUUUUUUUAGAUUAUUUUUCAAGGUUAUGACUUGGUCAAGGAAGCUUUGGUUAUGUAGGAUGGAAAAAUGAGAUCUGGGAAUACUUGAAAUACAUUGGCGACAUUCCACCUACAUCCUAAAUUGGUUUUUUAUUUUGAUCAAAAGCAAAUAUUUGUUUCUGUAGUUCAAAACUUACAGCAUGAUACAAGAAAAUGGGGAUUAAAAAUGAAAAGAACGAAUGAGUAGAAAAAGAAUGAACCAGAGUCGGCACUUAAAAGAUGCGCACCUUUUAUUAAACUGAAGCAAGCCUUUUUUUUAAUAAAUAUCAUUUUAACCUAGGCACUUUCGUAAUUAUAAAGUUACAGAUAAAGUGGAAUGGCUGCGUAGUAGUUUCUGGUAUAGUCACAGCAUUAUAUCCUACAGCCUUGUGUAGAGAACAAUUAUACUCCUUCUGAAAUAUUAUAUUGCAAAAUACAAUAUCGUAGACACAGUGCAUUUGUAUAUGUGCAAUGCUGUGGUAAUGGAAGUCUGUUAGAAUCCUCUGGAAAUGUCAGCAAAAAUAUUUUUGUUUUACAUUUCUUCUUGAAGGUCUUUUAUGUAAACCCGUGUCUUCAUAAACCAGAGUGGGUGUCAAAAGUUUAUAUAACUGCAGAGUGGAAUUUUUUGGAGUAAGUCAGGACUUUUUUAUUCAAAUGUUGCAUGUAGAGGGAGGAAACCUAAUUUUGGAAUACAUGAGUUUUGGGUAAGAGUUUUCAGAUUGUACUAUGCAAUGAUCAACACAGAUUUGCAGAGUAUGCUCCUGUUGCUCAUAAAGGCUUAACAGUUGUUACUGAAAUACAGUAUUGAAAAUUAAAAAGAGAAGCAUAAAAAGCUGUCAUUUUUAGAAUUCUUUAAAUUCUUUAGAUUGCAAGUGAAUUUCUCAAAGGAAUGGUAAAACUGGGAGGAUCAAUGCUGAAUAUUUGAGGAUGUGGAGCACCUUAGAAUGAAAUAUAUUACUGUCUGAUUUGCAUUAAAGUGUCUUUGUGCACAAGCAUUAUGACUCUUGGUCCUUUUUGCAGGAAAAAAAUGUAUGCAUUGACACUAUCUUACAGGCUGUUCAGUAAACAACAAACUGAAAUGUGAUGAACUUUUAAAACUGCACUGGCGUUAAAGACACAAAUACUUGUCUGUGGAUAAAGAGAAAAGAUUCAGAAGGCAGUGAGAAAGAGAAACAUGAGGUAUUGUUUAUUGUUCAUUGUAUUGGAACUAGAAAAAUGGUUUGAACCAGGUUUGAACUGAAAUCUUGGAAAAGGAACUGUUACUAGAAGAUACAGUGUGCAUUACAGUCUUCAGUGCAUUGACAUUGGCAUCCAAACUUUGCAGGUCAGUAUUAGUGUCAAAAAAUUACACUGCUUUCAAUUUGGUUGUCAAUUUGGUUGCACUUAGAACUGGUUACUUCUAUGAGAAUAUGGGAUAUAAACUGGAUAGUUUUCUUUACUAAUGUGCAAAAUAAUUUCCUCAAUUAUGGUGGAUAGGUGUUGUUUUGCUGGUUUUUUGUUUCGGUUUGGUUUGGUUUUUUGCAGAGGAGGACAUCCACACACUGGAAUUCUAACAGGACUGCUGCUUCACAGGUUUGUCCAAGGCAAUUCUUUCCAUCUCGUAAUUGCCCCAUCUAUCCUGGAGGCAUCUGUAAAUUUUGUUUCAAGUGCUUGCAUUAGAAUGGAUAUUCUUUGUCAUCCUCUCCUGCCAAGAGGCGUAGGCAGAUUCCAAGUCCAAGUAUGGUGUUUGGGUUUAUUUGGGAUGAUAAAUUACAUAUAUCAAUUCUUCUGGGUAAGCAACAAUGGUAGUGAGGAGGAGAUGAUCUCUGGACAUAGUUCUUUGCUGGGGUUGCUGGGAAAAUUGGCAUCUCUUUAACCAAGCUAGGAAUAAGCCACAAUCAAAAAGCAGGAGGUCUGAGAUGCUCAUCUGUUCCACUAGUGCAGAUUUUUAUGAGCCCAUCAUGCAGGCUCUAGUUCAUAACUGGUGAAAAUGCAUAGCUAAUGAAAAAAACACUAUGAAAAAUAGUGUUUUGUAGCUGAGAAUUUGCUCUAUCAAAUAGAUGUUAUUGUGCUCUUUGUGGCUGCUGUAGUUUUCAUAGAAAUAAAUAGGAAGUCUUACUUUUGGAGAGACCUUCUUUGUAAGUUAAGCAGGGGAACUUUAUGAAAAUGAAAUCUAUUUGUUACUACUAUUAUGGUAGCGUCUAGACAUCAGGGCAAAGCACUGUCUCUGACCAGUAAGUUUUUCAAAUAAGCACUCAAAUCAAAGUCCAGUCUGUGUAGAUGGAAGAAGUAGAGUUGAUAUGUCAGCAACAUUAUGUGAUGUGCACAUUUGUUUUCAACUGGCUUGAUAGAGCCUUGUAAAGAACAAAAUCUCCUGCAUGAAAUAAAUUUCAGUCUUUAUUGCCUAAAGCAAGAGAAUGAGAGGAAAGGGUUAGAGCCAGAUUUUGAUGCUGCUUCACUUCCUAUCGAGUUAGAGAUUCAUGGCUGUAGAAUCUCUUCCCAAAAUAAGGGGACUUCACAGGUACAUCUGUGAAGCUAAAAAGUAAGUUAAGCAUGUACAAGCUUAAAAUAGCAAGACAUAACAUAAUAGGUCACUGAAUAUAGUUUUUUUAUUUGUUACAUGGCUGUAACUGUACGUGGCUGAAGGAUUGGACUGUCUUUCAAGCAGUCCUUUCUCUUCCCAGUUCUCUGUUUGCUUUUACUGCAUUCAUCUAGCUGUUGCACUAGUGCCAUUUCUGCAGCCUCAUAGUUGCAUACUGUGAGAAGGAACAGCUAAAAUAAUUUAUUGGAGCAGAUGCAAUGAAAAUUGGGGGAUGAAUGACUCCACAUUUGUUUUCUUUCCUUCAUUUGGCUGGGCACUUAAAAUAUGUGUGAUUUUUUUUUCCUCAAAUUUUUAACUUUUCUGCAGUCAUUAAAAACAGAGACAAAGUAGACUAUUUCCCCACAAAGUUUCCAGAUUUGGGAGCACCAGUUUGUACAGAGAAAUGCAUUGAUUCAGGGGGAUUUCCAUUAGCAUUUUGGUCUCUUAACAAACAGUGAAUCUAAGCAAACUUACCCUGAAUGCCUUUGAUCCUUUAGGAAAUGCAUUUAAUCCAUAAGGCACCUGCGUCCAUGGUCUGCUUGCAGGAGCCUGACUCGGUUCUAGCCAUUUGUUAAUCCAGCCCUAGUGCCUGUUUUUCCUGUUUGCAAUAGUAGGCAAAGUAUUGAUUGGUCUUUCCGAGAGGGUUAGACUCCAUCCUGCAAUUUGUACACAGUUUAGGCGUGGUUAAAUAAAUUCUCUCAUUCUGGGACUAAAGCAGGUUUCUUAGCAAUGAUGGAAUUUGUAGCUUAAGAAAUGGUUGAGACUAGCUGAGGACUCUGGAGGUGCUCCUAUUCCACUGCUGCACAACCAGAAUAUGCACCAGCUCUCUUAUUUAAUGGCUUAUUUGGAUCCAUUCCCCUUCUAAGUUCAGGCACCCUCAUCCUGUCAUGCUUCCUUUAAUGCUCAUCUCUGUCUGUGACUUUUAACUCACUUUUCAGAAUGAUGUCAAGGGAGAUUAUAAUUAAGAAGAUGCUAUAACCACCUAGAAGUUUUUGCUCCCUCAUCCCUCCAUAAUUUUCAAGUUUAAGGCUGUUUUAUCUUCUAUUACUCUUUCCCUUACACCUUUGUUUAUUUUGGUCUUUCCUUUACUGAUGAAGAUUAAUCUAAUAUGCUCAGGUUUUACUUGAAAUAUGAUAAUCUUCAAAGUCACAAAUUUGUACCUACUAGGGUGGAGGGCAAUAAACCUAGAUAAUGUGCUGGCCAAAUAGAAUUCUAAUCCAGACUAAUAUUUCAAGUCUCUUCAGUUUAUUGGGUGUUUGGAGCCACCAUUCUGUACUGUCUGUUCUAAAGUCAGGAGCUUGCUGCAAACUUGGGGUCUCAACCUAUUUGGCUUUUUAUCCUUCCCUGAGGCUUAAAGGAGUUCUGCUUCAGGGUUUGGCUCAAGUGUGUCUAUUAAGCAUGCCUUGCCAGACUCUAAUUAGACCUACUACUUGAAUGCUGAGUAGCUUUCUUCUGUUUACUAUUUGCGUGGAUUAAAUUUGAUAGAUUUCAGUAGAAGAAUAUAAAUGAAGUGACUGUCUAGCUCUGGAUUUCUUCCAUCUUCCCUUGAUGCACUAAUAAGAAUCAAUUGCAGUUGCUUAUUAUUUUUAAGUAGCAGUUAAUUUGAGAAAACCUGAUUCAUUAGCUCUUUUCAUUUUGCUGAUUUGAUUUCAGCCUUCUGCCCAUCUGGGCCAACCUACAUAGAUGGUUCUAAAACCAGAGUGAAAACAUCACUGAAAUUGAAGAGACAGCCUGACGACCCAGCAAGGUGCUGUCUGUAACAGCAGGCUCUGAACCUCUGUUCUUAUGGGUAUAAUUCCCAAUAAAAGGAGAGGUAUUAUUCUGCAUUCAUUCUCCCAUUCAAGCAUUUGAUUCUCUGUAUGUUCAAAUCUGGGAACAGUGUGUAUGACUGCAUAGCUGCGUAGAUAAAUUACUUCCUGAGUAGAUCAGUUAUCCUCUCUGGGGAUGUUCCAGAAAAUCCCACUCUCACCAUAGGAACUGUACAAUUAAUCUCCAUGGUCGCAUGAUGCUUCUAGAAACAUCCUUAUGGUCAGUGUCCUGUAUCUGUACAAAUCCUCUUGAAGUUAAUAAAGAAUCCUGAUUUAGGAUUGUAUUCUAAGCUUGUAAGCUCUUUAGGUUAGGGCUAAUAUUUUCCUGCAAUUAUUAAAAUAUAUAUAAAUAUGUACUUUUAAGAUGAAUAGCUUUGCAGAUGUGCCUACGGUAUUUAUUUAAGAAAAAGAGAGUGGUUCAGAACCUGGUGGGAGACAUAGGGUUGUCUUAGCCCUGGAUGCAGGAGAAGGUAUCACCACGGCAGUUUCUACAGGUGUACUGUUGUGUGACAUGGGGAAGAAAAGGGUGUAUUCCUCUGUUCUGAAUUAAGGGGCAGAAAAGGAUGACUAUCUCUUAGUGUUCUCCCUGCAUUUAAAUCUAGGCUGAUUCCUAUUCAUAGCUUUUAAUUUUUUUUUUUUUUCACAUCAUAGCAAAAAGACAGUAUAAUACAGUGAAAGACACUGGAUGGUUCUAUGUGGAUGAAACAUUGCUUUUUUUCAUUAUACAGAGGGAAGUUAAAACGUUAUUUGUAGAGGAUGAAGGUGAACUUUGCUCAUGAUUUUAUGAACUUCUUUAUUGCACAGUUCUCUUUGUGCAAAUAGCCCUUGACACUCUCUUGCCUUUUGUUAUUUCCAGCAGAUUGGAGUCAUUUGUUUGUUUCAGCUGAAGUGUGACAAAGCUACAGGUGAGAGCUAAAAAGAAUCAAGAUCACUUUCACGUUUUGUGCAAAUAUUUAGAGGGACUUGUGAAGUUCUGUUAUAUUCAAUUAAUUUACUUCCUACCUUCUUUUCCCUUGAAUAUUAGUUUGCAUUUCUGUAAAAUGUUCCAAAAGUGGAGCUGGUAGCUGGACUAAGCUAAGGCUGUGGGGUUCACUUUAACACUCAUGCUGACUGAAGAUGUCACCCUGGAACAGCUACUCACUACUGAUCUUCCGCUGGGGAUUUCUGCCCUCUCUCAGCAGGAAGAAUAGCGUGGACUCUGCAGUUUUCUGCUUCAAAAUCAGCCUGAAAAUCAGGAUUAACUACAUGGUAUUUUCUGAAAAGAAAGAAAGGUGAUUGAAGUGAAUCCACUAACAAGGAGGGAGGGGAGCAGAGGGAGCUCUGGUGGCCAUGGAUGACAAACAGCACAGGUCAGUGGUAUCUUCAACUACACGACUACAUUUGGAAGAAGAGAUCUGUGCACAGCCUAGCUCAGCCUCUAGCUUUACCCACAGAAUUAUUAAACUUGCAGAAAUAAAUAUUGCAUUAGGUUUUUGGAAAAGUAGAAAUGAUCUCAAAUCAAUCAAUGCAAUGCCAUCAGUCUGACUUGAGGAUCUGUGUUUCUGACUGCCUGCAAUUAUCUGCCUUUGACUAAUCCAGCAUUGACAUCUGUGUCUCUUCUUCACCUAUUUUGAGUUCUCACUUGUGCCUGAUUGUGACCAUUCUUGUUCAAUCACUGCCAAUUCAGAAGUAUCUAUCAGUCUCCAGCCAGGACUGGAUACCUAUUAAAAAAGUGUAGACAUUGAAUUGCUUAGUCCUUUCUCUCUGUGCUGCUUGAAAAGAGCCUGACUUGCUCAACAUUCAGACUACAGCUAGUAUAAAGGUCAGGAACGUAUUUGGUACAAUUUAUCUGUUUGAAAUGUCAAGUGAUAUGAUAACUUUUCCAUGAAAUAAUAGGUUAAUCCAAUAUGAUCAUUGACAAAGAAAUAAUCCUAUUUUCAGAUGUUUCUGUUUCAUACUGUCAUGAACACAGAUACUGAAUUUCUGAUGGAUGAAGAAACUCAUUUUCUAUGUUGUUUGUAUGUAAGUUGCUCCGAAAGUAAUACCUCCUAUUCAUUUCCAUGGAAUGUAGAACUGAUACAAAGAGGACAACAGCUCUAUUUGAUAGAGCACAUUUUUAGCUGCAAAAAAAUUGUUUUUCUACAUAGUCACCACCACUAGCCGAUUUGCAUGGAUCAGCUGAUUUAGAUGCUCUUCAUUUAAUGGUACAACUGCUGUGCGUGGCCUUCUGGAACUUAGCUUGUUUUUCACACUGCUGUUGGCACAAUUGAAAUGCACCACCCAUCACCUCACUGUGCUCACAUCCACUGUUUUGUCUCCAGAAACAUUCAAUACAUUUCCAUGAAUGUCAGUGGAUGCAAUUAUUUCUGCAUGGAGGAAUUCAGUGACACACCUUUGCUUCAUACACACUUCCAUGUCACAUGCCAUCAUGUCAGACUGCCCCUCUGCUGCCAUCUGUCACACAGCAACAAAAUGCAAUGGAAUAUUGGUGGGAAGGUUCAACCCCUACUGCCAUGUCACCAAAAUCCGUCUCUGACAUCAUGUGCCAACAGAAUAAGAUAGGAAGCAUUACUUUCGGAGCAUCCCUUGUAGCAGUGUACUUAUACUCAUGGAAUUCAUUCAGCUUUCAGUGGAGCAGGAUGCUGCAAGGGCCUGUCUGCAAAACUUUCAUAAAUAUGCAGUGGAAAAUCAGUAGUAAUUAUGAAGCAAGUCAGUGAAGUACAAUUUUAGUAAAAUGCUUUAUGGUCAGCAUAGAGGACACUCAGGUAAAUAGGCAUAUUUUCCUGAUUUCUUGUUAAACGCACUGCAAGGGAAAAAUACGGAUUUUGGUAGUCUCAUGCAAAGUUUCUGGAACUCGUUGCCACUCAUUUUUUAACUUGAGCACCAUCUAGUGUGCAUAAGAACAAUUAAAAAAAAAAUAAAUAGAGGACCAGCUCUUUAGGGCAGUUAGCUGUGAAAGCUCAGACAGGUUGUCAGUGUCAAAAGGUAACAAGCACAUCUGACGUUGUCCUGCUAACUUAUAGUAAAACAAGUUUCAAAUUACUUAUACAUUCUUAUGGGCACCACAGCGCUUUAAUUUGUACCUUGUUUGAAUAAUUUGCUUGCCUAUAAGAUUAAGACAUAUAAAUGAAAUAUUAACACAAAUAAAUGAAAUGCACAAAACCAAAAUACUUAUUUACCAGCAGGUUAAAAAAAAAUCAAAAAUCAGUGUCUGUUUUAUCCUAAUGCAAAUAUGUAUUUGUAUAUUCAUACAUGUAUGAGUGCUGAGUUGUGCGCAUUGCUGUAAAUUGAUACAGUCCAUCAAGCCCCUAGCUUUCAUCUAAGUGUUUCUUGGCAGAUGUUAUCUAGACCUUGCCCAGACUUGAAAUACAGUCAGAGAUGAAUUUCUUCCCUGUGUGUCUGGAUCAGGGCGUAGUGCAUCUGUGAGAAGUUCAGUGUGCUGUAACUUUUCCUGUUAGUACUGCUUUGUGCAGCAUGUGCUCUAUGUCUUGCACUUACCACCAGUGCUAAUGACCUUCAUACUGCUAUUUGCAAUACAUUUUGUUUGCACCUGUGUUGUAAAUUCCCUCUUUCAUAACUUCUGCCCUCUUUCUAGUCACCUCGCAUUUCUCAGUAUCACAAGACAGAAUGCUGCAGCAUUACUAAUUUUCGUGCUUCUGUGAACAGUCAUGGUUCUGCAUCUUCUUACGAGAACUCUCAUAGUGAGAGAAAGAUUUCCCAUGUGUGCUGCUGCCUUCCAGGGAUUACAGAUAGUUUCCAGUCAGAGAAGUUUAAAACUUGCUAACUGAUUUACAAAAAUGAGGCUUUGUUGGUUUGUUCAUCAGGAAAACUGUUCUUCCAAAGGUAGGUGGAAGGGAAAGGAAGGGGUUGUUACUGUGAUUUUUUUGAACUCAAGGCUUUAAAUUCUAUUGAUUUUUCACUACCAUUAUUUUAUGAAUCAGGGAUAGCCUGUGCAGCCAAGACAAUAUUACUGUAAGACAAAUGUGGUAAAACUACACAGAGAGAAUCAACUUCUCAUAGAAAUUUGGGGUGUUUCUCAGUUCGGACAAGGUUACAAGAGUUCUGAGGACAUCGCUGGUCUCAGUAGGACUGCUACUUUUGUAAACUUGAGAGGUGCAUAGUCUCAUAUUGCAUCUAUGUGUGACCUUGUUCUACUCUGAAAUAAUUCAGAUCAAUAACUGAAAUUUUUAGUGCUUAAUAGCCGUGCUUGGAUAAAGCUUUUGAAACUGACCUGUCAUCCACUGACUCAUUACCCAGACAUCUUGUCUCCAGCAUAGCAAAGAUGGCAAAUUUUUCACAAAUGCCACACAUGAAAUGAAAUUUCAGAAUAUAUCGUCCAGAUUAGAAAAUGAUAAAAACUACAUUAUGGUAAGUGACCCUGUCACACUCAGGUUUGAAUCUGCUCAUUAUCUCUCAUGUGUCACCUACAUUACCUCGUAUGCAGCACCAUCUUGGGAACAGAUGAAGCAAAUUCUCAUGUUAGGGGGAUACUCUGAUCAGAAGUGACAAAGAAAGGCUAAUGGCAUCCUGGCUUGUAUAAGAAAUAGCAUAGCCAGCAGGAGCAGUGUGAGGUAGUCAUCUCCCCGUACUCAGCUCUGGUGAGGCUGCACCUGAAAUACUAUGUUUAGUUUUGGACCCCUUACUAUUAGAAAGACAUCGAAGCCCUGGAGUGUGUCCAGAGAAGGGCAACCAAGCUGGUGAGGGGACUGGAGCACAGGCCUUAUGAGGAACAGCUGAAGAAAAUUGAAUUUUUAGUCUGGAGAAAAGGAGAAAGGAGGCUAAGGGCAGACUUACAGCUCUAUAACUAUCUGAAAAGGGGUUGUGGUGAAGGGGGGCUGUGCCUCUUCUUCCAUGUAACUAGCAAGGGGACUAGAGGGAAUGGCCUCAAAUUGCACCAGGGGAGGUUCAGAUUGGUUAUUAGAUUUGUUCCCAAAAUAGUGGUCAGGUUCUGGAAAGGAGGUAAUUCAGUCACUAUACCUGGAUGUGUUCAAGAAACAUGUAGAUAUGGUACUAAGGAACAAGGUUUACUGGGGGAAUGUUGGUGGUAGGUGGAUGGCUGAACUAGAUGAUCUUGGAGAUCUUUUCCAGCCUUGGUGAUUUUAUGAUUCUAUUCUGUGAUUCUGUAAGUGUAGUGUUUAUUGUCUGGUAGUUUUAUGAUGUUUAUUUCUGCUCAGAUUGUAAUAUCAAUACUAUUGAAUCAUUUAUAAAAGACUAAUUCAGUUUUUCCUUUGGAAAAGAAAAUUUUGCUGCAAACCAGAUGUUGUGUCUGAUCUGAACUUUCAUGGGUAAAUUGAUUACAAAAGCAGAAACUGCUUAUUUUUCCUCAAGAGGAAAUAUGCUGGAGAGCACAACAUUGAACUAAUUUAUAAGAACUAUAAAAUUAUCAGUCUUCAGUCUUACUCUCUGCCACUACACACACACACAUCAAAAGACUUGCAUUCUCCUACAUCAUUAAGAUAUGGCUUCCAUUCUAAUCUUACCAAGGGUUCAAGCAGAAUUAUAUUGUGGUAUGCAGCAUAGAAAAUGCCACCAACCUACAGGCUUAGUAUGUUGCUUCCAUCAUUGCUGGAAUUGCUUUGCCUACCUGAAGUACACACAACAAAAAAUAUUCAGUCUCUUGGAAAGCUUUGCUUCAGUGAUUCUUCAUUUCUUUAUGUAAUUUCUGAAAAGUCAAACAUUUUAUUCCUGCAUGUUCUAAUAUUCUGUGCAGUAUCAGCUAUUAAAGUUAUCUGCAUGGGAAAUAACCGCUUCUCACUAGUUCUUUAUUGGCAAUACAGGAAUUAAGCACAGGGGAUUUGGCUUUAACAUUUGGAAUAUAGUUUGAGAGCUUUACCAUUCUGUCUUCCUGGAAUAAGCAUAGUUUUUUAUAGGAUUGUUAAAUGGAGUUUCUAUUUUGCAGAGAUGUAUUCAUUCCUGAUAAGAGUGUGCUUUUAAAAGCACUCAGAUUUGGCUUAAGUCCUUUCUUCUUCAAUAGUAAUUUUGCAAUACCUGUUAAGUCUACUGCAAAUAUUAAUUGGUCUCCAUCUCCUACAUGAAUUUCUGUAAAAGACAAAAUCUAAAGGAUAGGUGAAAUAGCUUGAGCUAUCGUUGUCAUGUGGGAUGGGGAGGGGACAUCUGACAACUCAGUGUGAAUUGUACUCCAACGCCAGGCAGAGUUAAUACCCCAGAUCUCACAAUCUACAUUGCCAUUUUCAGUUUUGGGGCAAGGGUUUGUUUGAAUACUUGUGACUGUAACAGAUGUUUAAAUUGGAAUAAUUUGAUUCUUAAAGAUGAUGAAAGAAGAGGAGAGCUGCCUAUCUGAUUCCAGUGAAUGGGGAAGUCUGAACACUAGCUUCAUAAGCUUGUUACUGGCACAAAUGAAAUGGCUUUGAAAGAGCUAUCUUGAGAGUCACAAUAUAAUUCUGACAAAAUUUUGUCAUUUUCUUCAUUUCAUUUUGUGGAAAAACUAGCAACAGGAUUCCCUGACAUGGUCAUCUGUCUACAUGCUAUUGACAUCAACUGUGAAGAUAAGGAAUAGGCUGAGCUCACUGUGUUCCUUUUUACCAGCCAUUCAUUGUUGGUAUUGCAUAAUGAAGACAGGCUUCCUAACUAAACAAAUGGGUUAUAUGCAUUUCUACUUGUAAUAUAUGUACAUGUUAAGUCCAGGGGGCCUCCAAUCUUCAACUGUUUUUUGAUCAUAAGCAAAUACUGCUUUGUGCCAGAGUCUGAAGGCCAUAUGCCUGUAUGUUCCCUUUCCUCACCCUGUAAUUAACUCUUGAGAGCCGCUCCCAAGAAUCCUUAAAAUCUUAUUGAUCUUAUAAAAAUGGAACAGCCAGCCUUAGGAGAAUUGGCUAGUUUAACAGGCAGGUUUUAUGUGAUGACUUUAAGUAGGAAAAUUAAGUCCAAAUGAGAAGCAGACUAACAUUUGGCCUUAGUUAUAUCGAAGAGUGUCCUUCAUGGAAAAUUCCAACUAUUUUUCAUGUGAGUCUAUUUCAUGCUGUGCUUUCAGGAUUAAUUUGAUUAAAUUAUUUUAAUCUCUUUCUGUUUGUGCCUGGUCAUUAGUGAGAGUUUUCAGUCUGUAUGUGUUGUUCCUGAAGGUACUUAGCUAACAGUAAGGUUGGAGGAGUUAAUGAUGCCUUUUGGUCUGGAGCUGAAAAGCAGGAGAAAGACGCUGGAAAGAAACAGCAGGCAGAAAAAUGAUGCACAGGGACACUCAAGGCAGUCACUUGGCAGUGAGGCUUUUCUGCAACCCAGAGUUGUAUUUACCAGUA